AUGCCCCGCCUCCACCCAACAACCAUCCUCCUAUUCCCCCUCCGCGUCCUGACCAUCCCAUUCACAACCCUCAUCGCGCGCAUUCCCAUCCUCCGCUCUCGACACCGCCGCACCCGCACCCUAACCAUGCUCCUCCCUCUACUCGUCUUACUCCUCAUCCUCCUAACCCUCCUGCCCCUAUACAUAAUCUACCGGCCACCGCACGCCCUAAUCCGCUCCCUGGCGAACAAAUACCCAGAUACAUUGUGGGAGAUACCCCUCCCCACCACCAAGGACACAAAAGGGAAAAGAACGGAAAAAGUAAUCGCCCUAACCAUCGACGACGCCCCCAGCACCUACACGCUCGACAUCCUACACCUUCUCCAGCAACACGACGCGCGGGCGACAUUCUUCCUCAUCGGAUCGCAGAUCCCCGGCCGGGAGGGGAUUCUACAUACGCUCGUGAAGAGCGGGAUGGAGCUGGGUAAUCAUGCGAUGCACGAUGAGCCGUCUGUUUCGAUUGGGGAGGAGGUGCUGGAGAGGGAGAUGUUGGAGGUGGAUGGGGUGAUUGACAGGGUUUAUGAGCAAUCUGGGGUGAAGCGGCCACGGUUUGAGGAUGGGGCUGUGAAGAAGUGGUUCCGGCCUGGAUCGGGGUUCUUUAAUGGGUGGAUGAGGGGGCUUGUGCAGAGACUCGGGUAUAAGAUUGUGUUGGGGAGUGUGUAUCCGCAUGAUGCGCAGAUCGGGUGGGCGGGGGUGAAUGCGUGGCAUGUGAGGAGUAUGGUUAGGGAGGGGAGUAUUGUUGUGAUGCAUGAUCGGAGGAGUUGGACGGUGGAGGGGUUGAGAAGGGUGUUGCCGGUGUUGAAAGAGAGGGGGUAUAGGGUUGUUAGUUUGGGGGAGGCGAUGGAGAUUGCUAAUGCUGCAUCUACUGACGGAGGAAAGGAGGAUGAUUGA